AAGGGGCCUAUUAAGAACUUUCAAAAUUUGAAAAUAAGGAUUAGGGAUUGGUUUGGGUUGCGCUAUAUCUAUCAAAGAGUAUACAAUAAUGAUGGAUUUGGUGAAUCAAAUCCAUGGUUUAAUAACGAACCGUGUUAACUUACCAUAACAACAACUCAAUUCCUAUCGAAUUCUUUUCCUAUCGAAUUCCUAUUCCUAUAGUAGAAUUCCUAUAGAAUAGAACGUACACAUGGUGUACGCAUUAUAUAUGAAUGAAACAUAUUCAUUAACUUAAGCAUACUCCUUUUUUUAUUUAAUGAGUUGAUAUUAAUUGAAUAUCUUUUUUUUUUUUUAGAUUUUUGCAAAGGUUUCAUUUACGCCUAAUCCAUAUCGAGUAGACCCUGUCGUUGUGAGAAUUCUUAAUUCAUGAGUUGUAGGGAGGGACUUAUGUCACCACAAACAGAAACUAAAGCAAGUGUUGGAUUUAAAGCUGGUGUUAAGGAUUAUAAAUUGACUUACUACACCCCGGAGUACGAAACCAAGGAUACUGAUCUGGCAGCAUUCCGAGUAACUCCUCAGCCCGGGGUUCCGCCUGAAGAAGCAGGGGCUGCAGUAGCUGCGGAAUCUUCUACUGGUACAUGGACAACUGUUUGGACUGAUGGACUUACCAGUCUUGAUCGUUACAAAGGACGAUGCUAUCACAUCGAGCCCGUUCCUGGGGAGGCAGAUCAAUAUAUCUGUUAUAUAGCUUAUCCAUUAGACCUAUUUGAAGAGGGUUCUGUUACUAACAUGUUUACUUCCAUUGUGGGUAACGUGUUUGGUUUCAAAGCCCUACGCGCUCUACGUUUGGAGGAUCUACGAAUUCCCACUGCUUAUGCAAAAACUUUCCAAGGUCCGCCUCACGGUAUCCAAGUUGAAAGGGAUAAGUUGAACAAGUAUGGUCGUCCUUUAUUGGGAUGUACUAUUAAACCAAAAUUGGGAUUAUGCAAAAAUUACGGUAGAGCGUGUUAUGAGUGUCUACGCGGUGGACUUGAUUUUACCAAAGAUGAUGAAAACGUAAACUCACAACCAUUUAUGCGCUGGAGAGACCGUUUUGUCUUUUGUGCUGAAGCAAUUUAUAAAGCACAAGCAGAAACUGGUGAAAUUAAGGGGCAUUACUUGAAUGCGACUGCAGGUACAUGCGAAGAAAUGAUUAAGAGAGCUGCAUUUGCAAGGGAAUUAGGGGUUCCUAUUGUAAUGCAUGACUACUUAACUGGAGGAUUCACCGCAAAUACUAGUUUGUCUUAUUAUUGCCGCGACAACGGCCUACUUCUUCACAUUCACCGAGCAAUGCAUGCAGUUAUUGAUAGACAGAAAAAUCAUGGUAUGCAUUUCCGUGUAUUAGCUAAAGCAUUGCGUAUGUCGGGGGGAGAUCAUAUCCACUCCGGUACAGUAGUAGGUAAGUUAGAAGGGGAACGCGAAAUAACUUUAGGUUUUGUUGAUUUAUUGCGCGAUGAUUUUAUUGAAAAAGAUCGUUCUCGCGGUAUCUUUUUCACUCAGGACUGGGCAUCCAUGCCAGGUGUUAUACCGGUGGCUUGGGGUAUUCAUGUUUGGCAUAUGCCAGCUCUGACCGAAAUCUUUGGAGACGAUUCUGUAUUACAAUUUGGUGGAGGAACUUUAGGACAUCCUUGGGGAAAUGCACCUGGUGCAGCAGCUAAUCGUGUGGCUUUAGAAGCCUGUGUACAAGCCCGUAACGAAGGGCGCGAUCUUGCUCGUGAAGGUAAUGAAAUUAUCAAAGCAGCUUGCAAAUGGAGUCCUGAACUAGCCGCAGCUUGUGAAGUAUGGAAGGAGAUCAAAUUUGAGUUCGAAGCGAUGGAUACCCUAUAGAAAGAGAAAAAA